UGCUUUAAUAGGAAUGGGUCAUAUACAUGUACCUGUAUGCCAGGCUAUGCUGGAGAUGGAUAUAGAUGCCAAGAUAUCAAUGAAUGUAUUACUAGUAACUCAUGUAGUGAUAAUGCGGAUUGUAUGAAUACUGAUGGUUCACAUAUUUGUAUAUGCAAGCAAAGCUUUCAUGGCAAUGGAACAACAUUCAAUGAUGUUAAUGAAUGCCUUUACGGAUAUAUCGAUGAGUGUACCUUCAGUAACCAAUGUGACUCCAAUGCCGACUGUACCAACAAUGUAGGAUCUUAUAAUUGCCGACAUAAAAAUGGAUAUAUUGGCAGCUGUAGAUCAUGCUCAGAUAUAAAUAAAUGUGCUACUAGUAUUCAUUCAUGUUCUAUAAAUGCUUCCCAAAUUUGUAAUAACACCGUCGGAAGUUAUACAUGUUCAUGUAUUCAAGGUUACGAGUUAAGUAGUGAUAAACUUACUUGCGUGGAUAUAAAUGAAUGCCAACGAUUUAGACCAUGUGACCAAGUUUGUAUUAAUACAGAAGGAUCGUUUACAUGUGAAUGUGAACAAGGUUUUGAACUAAAUAAUAACAACCUAACAUGUAGCACUGAGUGUGAAGAUGUCGAUGAAUGCAGCCUCAAUCCUAGUCCAUGUAAUCAACUAUGUACAAACAGCGAUGGUAGCUAUACAUGUAGUUGUAUGAACGGCUAUCGAUUUGGUUCAGAUGGUUGGACAUGUUACGAUAUUAAUGAAUGUUUAGAAAAUAAUCCCUGUAGUCAAAAUGCAAACUGUACCAACGCACCUGGUUUAUAUUCUUGUCAAUGCAAAAUUGGUUAUACUGGCAAUGGUAAAAUUUGUAGCGAUAUCGAUGAAUGUUUAACAGGUUCAAAUAUGUGUUCUUCUAACGCUAGUUGUAUGAACAACAAUGGAUCAUACUCUUGUAUGUGCAAGCCAGGCUUUAUAGGGAAUGGAUAUACAUGUCAGGAUAUAAACAAUUGUACAUCUGGAUUACGCCGGUGCUCAGUUAAUGCGGCUUGUAGUAACAGCAUUGGAUCGUAUACAUGUGGUUGUAAUAGUGGCUAUUCAGGAGAUGGAUUUACUUGUCAGGAUAUCGAUGAAUGCAAUGCUACUAGUCUCAAUAUGUGCGUUAAUAAUUUUCAGUGUAUUAACACUAAUGGAUCAUAUCAAUGCAAGUGUAACGCUGGUUAUUUUGGAAAUGCACGAAUUAAUUGCAGUGACGUCGAUGAAUGCUCAAACAACAUCUGUAAUAGUAAUCAAAACUGUAUUAAUUUACCGGGUACUUACAAUUGCCAAUGUAAAGUUGGUUUCACUGGAUCUAGCUGUGUCGAUAUCAAUGAAUGUCUGGCAGCAGAAUCAUGUGGAAUUAACGCUGUAUGUCGAAACACUUUAGGUUCAUAUACAUGUACAUGUUUGAUUGGCUAUCAAGGCAAUCCAUACUCCAAUCCCGGUUGU